AUGGAAUCAAUUUGGCAAAACAUUACAACGGCACUGGAGAUCCCGUCGGAAGUGGCCGAUAAGUGGUUAGCUAAAUUGAAACAACAGUACAACUCCCAAUCGAAUCGACACUAUCACAACGAAGAGCAGAUGAUUCACAGGAAGGCGAAACACCUGGCCGGAGCUAGUAUUUGCGUUCAGCUGGCCUGUCUGUUUCAGUACUAUCACUUCGACGCUGGGAAGGAUUGUGUCGAGGAAAACUGCGGUGCUUUGAAGGAAUUUUUCGCCGAGGCCAAACUGGAAAAUAAAUCAUUGGAAAACAACACACUGCGACUGCUGGGAGACGUUGCCGUUGAAAGCAGUGACCUUCCGGAAGAGGAUGUGCUCUUUUUCCAAGAUUUAGACCUACUAAUUUUAGGACGGUUAACAAUAGUUUUUCAGAUCCUUCAAACUUUGAAUCGAAUCCCAUCGAUCUACGCUUCUAAGGAAUUGGGAGACAAAUACGAACAAACUGCCAGAACUAACAUCGGAAACGAAAUCAAGGAAUUGGAAAACCAGUAA